CCAGUGGUUAUAACCAUCAAAAAUGACGUUUGUUUAUUUAGCCGCAGUUCUAUCGAAAAAUCGUAGGAUUCCGUUAAAAAUACACAAUUAUAAUUAAAAUCCCUAUUUCAUGGGUUAAAUCGAAGGUGAAUGACAUAAAAGUACUUUGAUCUUAUGUCAAUGGUACUCUGCGCGGUUUUUAACACCCAUCAAGGUUAUGUUUGCUAGUGUCAUUCAGUCUGCAUCGAAUUCCUCCUGUAAAUUCUUAUUUAUUGAAAUAUAUUUAAAGUCAACGGAAAAUGCGGACUGGAGGUAUGUUUGACGUGCGUGAGUUUGGGAAGAGAGUGCGAAGAUUUCUCGAUGGAAAUUAUUCGUAUCGGAAAAUCCUAGUCUUCUUAAUCGUCAUGGGUGGAUUUAUUCUGUAUUUUGGUCAGCCUUUUGCCCACUGGCUUUUUUCUGGAAGUCGGGAACCUGUUGAAGCAUUUGAGGACGAAUGCCUUCGGGAGAGGCUUUCGAAUUUUAACGACGACGUGUCGAAUAGUGAUGCAACUAUUCUCAAUGAUCCAGCCGACGAAGGAGAUCACAAUUAUCUGCCGUACGUUGGAAAUGGUGUAUUUGGAGUGCAAGUGUCUCCUGUUGGUCGUCUGUACGUACGUCAGGGACGAACGCUUUCCCUAUUCGCACACUGGGAUCCUCUUGUAUCGGUUCCCCUGCCCGAUGAUACUCCACAUCGUGAGGCAACUGUCAUGCAUUUCACCCAGGGAAUUGUAUACAAGUAUCAAUGCCUGAGGAGUGGAUAUCACAUAGAUACACAGUACUAUGCGCACAGAAUUUUUGAUGGAAUUCUUGUGGAGGAUAUCACGAUUUUUAAUCCUUCAACUAUAACUCAAGAGGUGCCCCUCAGAUUGAAUACAAUGCCACAUUGGACUGACGAUGAAACUAAAAAUGUUAAUAUUCAAGUAGACGGGAAAAAUCACGCUUACGUGAUUACAUCUGGUUAUGUCCCUCUGCCAGAUUCAAAUCAGAUAAUAGUAAUUUCCAUAUUAUAUAAAACACCUCAGAAAAAUGUGGUAGUUAAGCCGAGAAGUUCAACAAAAAUCGAGUUCUUCACGAGUAUAUCCUAUAGCGAGCCCCAGAUAUCCAGGAGAUACGUCGCUGAACGUGAAAUCACUCAGAGAAAAGCAAUUGAAGCAAUGAAAAAGGCGCUGAAUAUGCAGCAGGAAGGAUUAAAAGAUGACCACAUGAAUACAUGGAAGCAUUAUUGGCACACUGGCUUCAGCAUAAGUAAAUCAAAAGCCAAGGGUGCCUUGAAUGGCCACAAAAUAAAUUCAACAAUUUACUACGUCCUGUCUCAAGUGCCUAAAGGGAUUUUAAACGUUGAAAAAUCUGUUUCCAAUAAUGAAGGGUGUUAUCGUGGCCACCAUACACUAGAUGCACCGAAAUUAUGGCGAGAUACGUCAACGAUUGAUGGAGUGAAUUCCAUAGUCAAAGCGUGGUUGAUAACCCUAGAGAAGCAAGGAUGUCAUCAUUUAUUAACUGGGGGACCGACUGCCGUGGAGCAAGCUAUUGUACUGAGUCUUGGAGGUUUUAGAUUUAGCAAUCAACAUCUCGAGUUCAAUAUCGAUCCGCAGUAUCUUCACCGAGAUUAUCUCUUCAGGCGAAUCAGCUAUGGCAACGCCACCCACGUAAACAUUUCAGUGACCGUAAACGAGGAUAAUCGUGCAAUUCUCGGUGUAGCACUGGAUCGAAGUGACAGUGACUAUUACGCUUGUGACGCAGCAUGUUUGGAUUCACCGGUACCUCUUAGCCAGACCUACACGAAUUUUCCAGUUAAAUUAACACAACCCCUGACAGCCAUAUUGUACAUAACAUCUGACCAUCAGCACAUGCAAGACCUACGAAAUGCUCUUCAUGUACAUGCCGUUGAUGAAGCACCAGCCCAUGAUCACCAUGUGAUGGCACUGCACAAACAUGGCCAUCAAUUGGGUGGAUUACCAACAUUUUUUUGGGUCAGCAUAUGUUUUCUCAUCGUUGUUUUCCAUAUGUUUCUCUGCAAACUCAUCUUCACCGAGUACUGUGAUCACCAGGAUCGACAGCGUGGACGAUACAUGAAGCCAUGAGGUCAACAAUUCUCAUAUUCUCCCACCCACAGUCUCAUUGUCAAAGAUUUAUGUGCCUAUGUGUUUAAAGCUUUCUUCAUUAUAUUUUGUUAUCUGUACAUAGACUUUGUUGGAGGAAAUAUGAUUUUUUUUUUCAUGGGAUUAUGAAAAUCAAGACUGUCAUGGAUUUUAAUGUGGUUUAUUACAAAAAAACGUACAUAUAUUUCCAAGAUGAUUGUUAUAUGCUCGUGAAAUUUGUAAAAUAAAUGUGGAGAAACACGUAGUGUUCGA